AUGCAGCUUCCGCUGCCCGAAGAUGAAGAGCCGUCAAGGUCACCGUCUAGCUCGCCAGAGCCAGCGCAGGUGGACAAAGUCUCUAGCUUACUGGACAAGACGAAUGCCCAGAUUGCAGAUUUGAAGGCUUCUAUGAAGCGCAACGUGCAAAUGGCACCAGCUGCUGAUACUAGGAAGAAGUCUGCCCUGGAACAGAUGAUCCCAGAAACCUCCAUGCGUGGGCGUAAGCGCAAGCAUAACGGUGAUGCACCUGCAGACAAGCAGACACUGGACAUACUGAAUGCAUUCCGCGCUAAGCUGGAACAGGCACCUCCAAAGAUUGAACCCGCCAAAACACAUGUGACUCAAGAGCAAGACAAGCAAGACGGAGUCAAUGGUCAUGACAAAAAAGAAGUAAUCAAUGAUGAUGAUGAUGAUGAUGAUGAUGAAGCAAAAUUAUGCGAUCUUCACUUUAUUGCCAACUGCCAGUCAUGUCAGUCGUGGUACAAUGAAAUGUCAAACAAUGCCAACGGGCAGGAUGAUGAUAAUCAAGGAUGGAUGUAUCAUGCUUUGAGCUUUGAAAAGGACAGGUUGGGCAAGGAUUUGAAUUGGAAGAAAAAGAACGAGGAGGAGCUGGUUGUGAUUGAUCCUAGGGAGAAGGCGAAGGAUAUCAGGGAGGAGCAGAGAGCGAAAAAAAUGGCUAGGAUGGGUGGGAGUAGUGCCUGGGAUAGGGAUAGAGAUCGGGGCCGAAUACCAGAUAGGAGAGCGGGUGAGAAGGGGUGA